GUUUUAAAGGUUGAUUCCACAAAAAUGGUACUUUGUCUGAAUAAUUAGAGUUUUAAAGGUUCAAUCCACCCAAAUUGGCAGCAAGAACUUUCUAGUUCUAGCUUUUCUAGUUUUCUAGUUUACACUGUUUCACAAUCACUAUUGCAGAUUGUAUGUUACUGCACAGAUACAUGAGUCCACGAGUCUAGCAUUCAUUACAUAACUGGCUUUUCUUAUCAACAAUAAAUCCUGGUCAUAAACUGCACCUGUUCCUUCCUUUCUUAAGUGAAAGUAUCAGCUGAUUUGAGUCACAGUCUGUUCUGCCUUUGAUAGGUGAAGAGGUGAAGACAUGGGAUUGUUCCAGUCUGUUUUUGACAAAUCACUGAAUCCUGGAGACCUGAUCGAGGUCGACCGUGGGAAUUAUAACGACUGGGCCGUUUACAUCGGAGGAAAUGAAGUGGUUCAUCUUGUUACAAAUGAUUCUGGUUCAGACAAGACUUCCUCUAAUGCAGAGGUGAAGUGCGAAAAGCUCAGUGAUGUACUCAAAGGUAACAGCUACAAAGUCAACAAUCUUCUGGACGACAAGUACGAGCCUCGCGACCCUGACGACAUCGUGAAAGACGCACGCAGCAGGAUUGGUCGGAAGUACAGAGUCGUCAAUUAUAACUGCAAAGACUUUGCGACAGAGCUGCGAUACGGCAAACCAGAGUCACGAGAGCCUAAAAAGAAUCCUGGAGACCUGAUCGAGGUCGACCGUGGGAAAUAUAGCCACUGGGCCGUUUACAUCGGAGGAAAGGAAGUGGUUCAUCUUACUAGAAAUGAUUCUGGUUCACAGGCCAGUUUUUCACCAUCUGACCAGACGUCUUCAAAAUCAGAGGUGAGGCGCGACAAGCUCAGUGACGUGCUCAACGGCGACAGCUACCAAGUCAACAAUCUUCUGGACAAGACGCGCAAGCCUCGUGACCCUGACGUCAUCGUGAGAGUGGCAAAGAAGAGGAUUGGCUCGUCAAAGUACAAUUUAAUCAGUGCAAACUGCGAACACUUUGCGACAGAGAUGCGAUACGGCAAACCAGAGUCACGGCAGGUAAAAAAAUGGGGAGGAGCAGCAUUAGUAGGAGUAGCAACAGGAGGAGGAGCAGCAGUAGUAACAUUGGCAGCAGGAGCAACAGUAGCAGUAGUGUCUGUUGUUGGGGUGUUGUCUGGGGGGGUAGGGGUGGUAGUAGGGCUAACUGUGGUUGGGCUGUCACAAGAGAGGAAAAAAAAAAAAAAAGAUUGACCUUGUCUUUCCAAAUGAUUUUAUGUUGAUCUUUUGCAGGUAAAUGCAGGAGCACUGUUUUUGGUGUGGUGGUGUUUGUGGGGGUAGUGCUGAUAGUACAGCUAGUGCUGUCGUCAUGAGACGGGAAAAAGAAACAAGGACAUGAUGACACAACACAACAAGAAGCAGAAACAACACAAAAAUCACACAUAUAAAACUUAUAAUAAUUAUGUUAUAAAUUGAAUUCUAUUGAUUCUAAAUCAGAAAGUCUGUCUUGAUUAAACAUUUAAGUGUUAUAUUAUUCUGUAAAUGUUAAACUACAUGUGAUUACAUAUUCACUGUAUUAACGUUUAUCAAAUCAUGUGACUUUUCCAUAAACAUUAAACUUUCCUUCAUGUGUCACUAUGUUGCCUUUUA